AUUUUACCUUGCUGCAAAUUAUGUAUUGAACAGUGAGAUUGACCGACCCUUCCAACAUGGUCACCUUGCUUAAGUCUCUAAAAACGUUGUUACAUAACGUAGUUGAUCGAAUUCAGCAUGGCGUCUGUAACAAAGAGAUUUAUUUUGGAAAAGAAACGUCUAUUAGAAGCUAGUAAUCAAAAAUGUCAGAAAUGUUUACAAGUUGGUCAUUGGACAUAUCAAUGCACAAACGAGCGAAAGUAUCUUCAUCGACCUUCCAGAACUACAGUUAUGAGUAAAGCAGAGAAGACUGAAACAAAGAAGAAAAAUAAAGAAAACCCAGCUGACUUGAAGAGGAAAAAGAAAAUUACAAGUGGUUCAGAUGCUGAUAGUUCGAGCUUAGAUUCUGAGGAUGAUUCAAGCUCCUCUGAAAGUUCAAGCAAUACAGAUUCAGAUUCAAGCAGCUCAAAUGAUGACAGUGAUGAAUCAAGUAGCAGUGAUAGCGAUACUUCAUCUUCAUCAACAUCAUCAUCAUCAAGUUCAGAUUCUAAUCACUCAGAUAGAGGAAAACCUAGCCGAAAAAGGAAGAAGAAAGAAUAGCAAAAUUGUUAUACACCAAGUUUGAGGUUUGGAAAUUUAAAUCCGCCGCACAUUGCGUAAUAUUCAUGUGAUCUGAUUGUUGGAAAGAAUGGUCUUGUUGCAUAUUCUGUACAAUUUUUGUAUACAUAAGGAUGCUGUAAUGGUGCUAUAUUUUCUCAAUAUUUAUGAGCACUAAACUCUAGCAUCUGUUAUUUACCCAAAGUACCUUUGACAAAGAAAUUUAAUUCUUUUAAAUUCAUGAUUUCUUAAAAGUGUAAUGGAUUUACUUUUCAAAAUUAUUGUUAGCAAGCUUACAUCUAGAACUACUGAUGUUUUUGUGAUAAUAUGUGUUCAGUUGUUUUUACUUCAUAAAGUCCAUUACAGUUUUGGGAAUUGUUUAAUUUAGGAUGAAGAAAAAGUUUCAGUCAUGGGCACUUUAAUGGCAACAAAUAUAAUUGUUGAUGUUGUAUUGACACAGUGCAUCAGAACAUCUUUUAAAAGAGGGUAAAAAAAUUUUUAUAGAUAUAUUAAGGAUACAAACAUUGUAUUCUGUUAUGUACUUUCUCCAUACAUCAGUUGCUAUCUGUAGCAAUCUCGAUA